AUGGCAAAAUACAAUGGAGUAGAGCUAGAAAAGAGUGUACAUUCUCUUCCAUUUUGGGCUAGGGGUCAAAUAUUGGGAGAAGGUGGAUUUGGGUGUGUAUAUUUUGCAAGAAUGAUGACUCUACCAACACCUAUUGACGGAAUUUCCCAUGUUCGUAGCUUCCACCCGUUGAUGGCGGUUAAAACUGCAUUUCCUUCGAAGAGCAAAGAAUUAGAGGACGAAAAAAAAAUUCUUGAUAAUUUUGUCGAUUGUCCUUAUAUUAUUGAGUGUUACGGUGAUGAUACUACUAUCAAUAUUAUUGAUGGUAAUAAGAAAGUGUUAUACAAUGUAUUCUUGGAAUACGCUCACGGUGGAACAUUAUUUGAGUUCGUUAAAACUUCUCCUCCUUACGACGAAUCUAAACAAGUCAAAGAGUACAUUCGACAGAUUCUGAAAGGUGUUAACUAUAUUCACGAGAAGGGAUUUAUUCACUCUGAUCUGAAUCCAGAAAAUAUAUUGCUAGUCAAAGAGAGAGAAGAAGAUACUUUUUUUGUAGCCAAAAUUUCAGAUUUUGGAUUGGCGAAAAUGGUUGAUGACUUUAAGACUCUCACUCCUAUUGUAGGUACUUUAGAGUAUUUAGCUCCAGAGUGUCUGGGUAAAAAUGGAAUUCAAGGGCAAUUUUCGGACAUAUGGGCAAUUGGUAUCACAAUUUUGUUCAUGUUAACCAAAAAUGUGAAGUGGAGCAAUGAUUUAAGCCACCAUAUUUCCGAAGAGGCUAAAGACUUCAUAAUGAAAUGUAUUCAAGCUAAUCCAUUCAAGAGGCCAUCAGCAAAAAUGCUUCUAAGUCACUCAUUUUUAGCAAAUACUUAA